GAGACCUCAGGUAGCCCUUCUCGUACUGGCGGUCGCAGCCGUCGUGUCCAACGCCCAGGAAUACAGCACUGAGGAAGUCAUUAGGAACCUGCAAACCACAGCAGACGCAGAGGAGUUGGUCGACUGUGUUCUCGGCACCCGCCAGCCCAGACUGCCCUGUAGGCAGAUGUUCUUGGAUUUCAGACGUUUCUUGCCCGACAUCUUCGAAAAUAACUGCCGCGGAUGCUCGGAUCAGCAGAAGGGCGUGAUGCAGGAGGCAGCGGUGUUCCUGCAGAGGAAUCACAAAGACUACUUCAACCGACUCUCGCGGGGCAUCAGGAGGUCCUUCGGUUGAGCCGCCGCGCCUGCCGUCCCUUCAGCAUGGAUCCUGGCCCUGCCUUGAGGCUCUUGC